CUGCACAGUUUCUAGGUAUUCUUGACUUUUCUCGACCCCAUUUUUCCCCCCAAAACCAUUGACAUGUCCACCAGCCGAAGAGUCAUCCACAAGUUCGCCAUCGACUUCUCAAAACCUGAGAGCGAUGGUGUGUUCGACGGUGCUGCUUUUGAGAAAUUCCUUCAUGACCGAAUCUGGGUUGGGGAUGGCAAGCGCGGCCAACUAGGUGAUUCUGUCGUUAUUUCCAGGCCUGCUAAGGGUCGGUUACAAAUCUCUACGACUGUUCCUUUCUCAAAGCAAAGCCUUAAAUUCCUGACGAAGAAGUUUUUGAAGAAGAAUCAGCUCCGUGAUUGGAUACGCGUUAUUUCAACCAGGAGGGAUACAUACGAGCUCCGCUUCUUCAAUAUCGCUGAAAAUGAGGGGGAUGAGGAUGAGUAGGUUUGGGUUGAUCACCACCCGGCUUCCUUCGUGUACACUACCAUGCUUGGAGCCGACUAAUGUUAAGCGUGACGAACUUCACCUACACAGCAACUGACUAGGGGGAAGCUGGUGAUGUUGGCCUUCAACUAUUAAUUCUGCAUGGAAUAUAGGCCACCGUACAGACAACAUUAG